GAAUUAUUACCAAGCACGGAAUUCUUAUUAUUAGACUCUCCAGUUGCGCGUACACCCCUAAAGUGUUCCCAGUUCCCAAAGGUUUGUUCAGUGUUCCCCCUGUCCAAAGUGUUCCCUCUGUUCAUCGCCGGUCAAAGGGAAUUACUAUCCAAAGGUUCACAUGCGCAUACACAGACGCAAUUUUAUUUGUAAAUAUUAUUUCGCUUUUGAAGCGGUAUUUGUUCGAAUUUAUUUACAGAAACAAAGAAGUCGAUCAAAUUAGCUUUUCUUAAACGUUAGAAUCUGUAUGUGUCCGUCCUUUGUGUGUGUCAAAAACGCUUCCCACAAGUCACAAAGAUGUCUGCGAUGAACGCCAGCUCCAUCCAGGUCUGCAUCAAGGUGCGUCCCUGCGAGCCCGGGCUCACUUCGCUCUGGCAGGUGAAGGAGGCUCGCUCCAUCCAGUUGGCGGACAGCCACGCGGAGCCCUUUGUCUUCGACUAUGUGUUCGACGAGGGCGCCAGCAACCAGGAGGUGUUCGACCGGAUGGCCAGGCACAUAGUGCACGCCUGCAUGCAGGGCUUCAAUGGAACUAUUUUUGCCUACGGCCAGAAGUCGUCGGGCAAGACGUACACCAUGAUGGGCGACGGCCAGAACCCGGGUGUCAUGGUGCUCGCCGCCAAGGAGAUCUUUCAGCAGAUCUCCAGUGAUAAGGAACGGGACUUUCUGCUUCGCGUGGGCUACAUCGAGAUUUACAACGAGAAAAUCUAUGAUCUGCUGAACAAAAAUAAUCAGGACCUCAAGAUCUACGAGUCCGGCAACGGGAUUGUGAACGUGAACUGCGAGGAGUGCAUCAUAACCAGCGAGGGUGACCUCCUGCAUCUGCUCUGCAUGGGAAACAAGGAGCGCACCGUGGAAGAGACCAACAUGAACGAGCGCUCUAGCCGUUCGCAUGCCAUUUUCAGGAUAAUCAUUGAGUCUCGAAAGUCAGACCACAGCGAUGACGACAAAGUAGUUCAGAGCGUGCUGAGCCUGGUGGAUCUGGUUGGAUCAAAAGAGGUGGACCAGGCGGGUGCCCCAGACAACGCAUACGGUCUCAUGAUGCUUAGCAACUUGGUUACGAGCCUCUCGGAGAACGUCGACAGCAAGCCAAUUAGAUUUCGCGGUUCGAAACUCACUCGCAUCAUGCAGCCUUCGCUGGGUGGAAAGGUUUUGACCUCUGUCAUCUGUACAAUUAACCCAUUGGACGUGGAGGAGUCGACAUCCACUAUAAGUUUCGCCACGUGUGCCAAAAAGAUUCGCUGCAAGCCGCAGGUCAUCCAGAUAGACUCUGAAACCACGAUGAUAAGGCGACUGGAUCUCGGGAUUAAGAUGCUGAAGGAAAAGCUUGCUAAGGAAGAGCACAAGAAUGCGAGCCAGUUGGUAUUACAGGAACUGAAACGUCGCAUCAAGCACGACAUGUUGAAGAUCAUUUCCAGCGCCUCGCUCAGCGACCAUCGCCUCCAGAAACGGCGUCGUACUUGGAAUUUAUCCGCCUCAGGCUCAGAAGGCGAGUCACCUGUUUCCGCAUUGCCUGUGCCAGAGGAGUCCCGUCUCCCGCGCCCAUCGAAGUCGACCAUCCUGCGGAAACCCACUUUUUUCGACAACACCACUUAUUCUCAACGUCGGGAGAUUGCUCCCAAAACCGAAAGCAUUCAUCAACCCCAAAAAGAGGAUUUAUUUCAAACGGAUAAUAUGAAACAGUUGGAAAAAGAGGCGGCCUGCAGUAUCCCUUCAAUAACAAACCAGAUGCCAAAAAAGUAUCCCGAGUCUCUUCCAAACUGUGAUGCUCUUCAGAUCGAGAUCUCUGCUCUUAGUGCAUCCAACCAGGUAGCAAAGGAGACAAUCGAGAAGUACGAGGAGCAAGUAAAGAGGCUAAAGGAUAAAAUUGAGCACCUGGAGAUGGAUAACCGCAAUGCAGUUAAUCUCGGGGAGCAAUUGGCCAAGUCCAAGCACACGGAGGUCGAACUUCUCUCUGCCCUUUUAGAGAAGGAAUCGACCAUAGAAGGUCUGCAACUGUCUCUUAAGGAGCUUUCCCGAGAUGUGUUGCGGAACAGCAAGGAGGAUCACAUGCGAUCCAUGUGCCCCGAGCUUGAGUCCAGCUGCGAGCGGAUUUGCAACAAGUGCUUGGAGUUGGAGCUGCUACUGCAAGUAGCGGAUACCACGGGCAUGGAGUCAAUCGCCUGCCAGUGCGAUCAGCUGCGAUCGGAAAUUGCUGCCACCCGUAUUAAACUGGAAAGUAUGCAGUCUGCAUUCAGCCAUGCAAGCUGUGAGGCUUCACAAAAGACCACUGAUUGCGAACGCCUCUCCAGACAGAUAUCCACGACUCAGGAUGGUUUUGGACAGCUGCAGGAAAAGUACAACAAUCUGGAGCAAAAGUGCAUAAGUCAGCAGCUGGUCAUUGAGGCCAUGCAGGCUGAAUACAAUUCUAUACAGCAAAAGUACUUAAAGCUGCUGGUGGAGUACGAGCAUCUGGGACUCACAUCGGAGUGCCAGCAGCUGCAGGACGAAAAUACGAAGUUGCAAGCAGAGAUUGGAACUCUGAAGAAGCGGGUGGAGGAAGCGCAGCGCAAGCUUCUGGAAGCUUCCAAUCCUGGUUCCCUUCCCGAAGAGUUGAAGGUACAGAAUCUAGAGCUAAAGACGCGCCUUUCUAAGUUGCAGCGGGAAUUUGACGAGAUCCAGAAGAAUUACGACUCUUUAUCUAACCAAUUGAUGGAUAGUAUUCAAGAGGGCGACGUCCUCCGAGAGAAGCUCAAGCAACAAACAACCAGCUUCGAUUUGGAGUCCAUGAAGAGUUCGGGUGUGUGCACUGAGUGUAGUGAUCAGGAAAACGACUUGGACAGUGAUCUGCUGCACCAGUUUACCAAGCUGUCGGAGUCCAUCCAACAGAUUGAGUUCCGCGACUACUCCGGUGGCAGGCGCCUCUUUAGUUCCAACCAAGCAGAACAGGAUCAGAAGGUGCCAGGCUUAAGACUUUGCCUGGAGCCUGCUGAGUUCUUAGAGGGUGACGGUAAACAGCAUGAUGCAUCCGACUCUGCACUCCUCAAAGGCUCUCUGAAGCGUCAAAGAUUUCAGAUUGUUAAAAUAAAUAAGGAACAGGACUGUAUGAAAGAGGAGGACCUUUUCAAACUGCAGCACCAAGUUGAAGAGAAAAAUAAUCCUAUUGAGGAAGAGAAAGCGAUUGUUAAUCAAUUGCGUAUACAAAUAACAGACCUAGAGACGGCUCUUCUUAAAAAGUGCGAAAUAAUUGAUGACUACGAAAAGCAAAUCGAGACUCUAAGGAAACAAAAUGCUGAGGUAAAGAUAUUGUACGAGGAGUCGCAGAACAACGAUGCCACGAUGAGUAUUCAUAGUAUUCCGGAUGACGACGACACCAUUACCGGGCUAAAGGAGGAGCAGGAAUCGGAGGAAGUCGUUUCUCUUAAGACAUCACUUGCAGAGCUGAAAACCCAGGUGUGUGAUCUGCAGGCAGAGCUUGAGGACCAGUUGAAGCAGAUGCAGUUGAAGGACGGAAAAAUAUCCGAGCUGCAAAUGGAUGUUAGAGAAAUGAGCGAGCGUUGCUCAUCCAUGGAGCUUAAGCUUGCGGAUGCGGAGGAGGACGCCAAUCAAAAGCAGAAUCUUCUCGAUCAGCAGGCGCAGGAGUCUUCAGAUGAUCAGCAGCUUCAGGGAAGCGGUGCAAGACUGAAGUACCGCAGCAUCACAGCUCAAGAAUCUCUAAAACAGGAGAAGCAACUCCAGGAGCAAACCACUUUUUCCUUCGAAUAUGAAAGCCGAAUCAAGCAACUAGAAGAAUCACUAAAAAGGGCACAAGAGGAAUUAAGUUUUGUGGAGAAGCGAGAAACAGAUAAGAUUAACAGCCUUCAGCUGGAGUACAUGGUGAAAAUUGAGACGACCGAGAAUGAAAACCGCUCCAAAUUCCGAGCAUACUGCCUGGAGUUGGAGGAAACCAAGGAACGCUAUGACAGCAGCGUGAAGACCUUGCAGGAGCAACUGUUGCAGGCCAGUGAAAAGCUCGCCAGCGUUACGACUCGGUGUACGGCGGAGUUGGAAGCUAUUAAAGAUAAGCUUCAAGAUAAGGUUACCCAGGCCGAAAAGGAAAGGAAUGAAUUGAUUGCCGUACACAAGGCAGAGCUGGAAGCAAUCAGGGAAACUCUGAAGAAGAAGGAAUCUGCUUACAACGAGAAACUAAGCCAAGCGCUGGAAGAGAAGGAGAAGGGAAUUUAUAGGCUUGAGGCGAUGCGAAACACAAUCGCAGAGCUGCUUAAAACAAAAUCUGAUCAAGAAAGGGAAUUCGAGGCAGUAAAAAUGGAAAUGCGCCAUCUUGAGAAGCUGUACGACAAAAGCCUGUUGCAGCUAGAAAAACUCCAACGCGCUGUCGACCAGAAAAGAUCAGAGACACCAGCAGAUGUUAAGGGACCCUCCUCAAGCGAGAGUGUAAAUGAAAUGCGGAAAAAUGGUGAUCAGCAUGCUCAGGAUUUGGAGAAGGCGGAACUGCUAUCUGAGAUCCAGAAAGUCCAUAAACAGCACUCGAGUACCCUGAAACAACUUGAGGAAAUCAAAGCGGAAAUGAUUGCCCUAACCAGUCAAAAGGAGUUGGAGAGGUGUGAGAUUGAAGAAAAGCUCGAGACUUUCAAUUCCAAGGAAGCAGAUCUCAAAGAAGCGCUUCAUUGUGCUCAGCUUAAGUUGCAUGCCCACGAUGCGCUGGUGGGCCAGUACGAAGAGGUAAAGGGCUUUUUUUUGGACUCAAAUGAGUUGGCGGCGAGCCUGCAGCAGAAAGUGGAGGGCUUGCGCUCGGAACUGCUUGCGUCACAGAAAGUAAUUUCUGGCCGAGAUUCAGAGAUUAAACAGCUUCGCUCUGAGCUUAAGCAGGCCCUUGAUGCAACAACAACUGCGAGAACGGCACAACUAAGUUUGGAAAGUCAGCUAAAAGAAGUAGAGGAGAAUAUGUCUGCCCAGGCAAGUCAGUUUCGACGAGAGAUCGCAGAUUUUGAAGGUUCAGUGGACGAGCUCCAGCUUAAACUGAAAUCUCUUCAAGAAGUCAAAGACAAUCUAGAGUCUACGAAUGAAGUGAUUAAAAGUAAGCUAAAGGAUGCUCAAGACCUGGUGGAUAAAGAGCGAAAGCUUAAUGCCUCUCUGCAAAAUGAUUUGGGCAAACUAGGACAAAUAAAAACGGAUCUCGAAGAGCAGCUACGAUCCAAGGAGCUUUGCCUGGAGGAACUGACCAAGGAGUGCGAAAAACUACGGUCUGAUCUGGAUGCUCAAACUAAUAAUUUCCUGAAAGAAAGGGAAACUUUGAACUUGACCAUCUACAAUCUGCAAAUGAAUAAUCUGCAAUUGGAGGAAAAGCAGACCAUUCUGAGGGAGAAGGAUAAUAGCAAAUCUCGGCUUGAAACGGAAUUUGCAUCUCUGCUAGAAUCCUCGAAGGAAAACCAAUCUGCCAUAAAAGCGGCCAAUAAUUUAAAUCUAGAAAUGAAGAAGAAGGUUCAAGAUCUCACAAAGGAGUGUGAGAUUUUACGAUCCAAUCUGCAAUCUAAAGAUGAAUAUUCCCAAACGCAGAAGGAACUCUUGGAGACAAUUUCAAAUCUAAAGGACGAAAAUCGCAAGUUGGAGGAAAAGUUGAUCACAUUGAACAAGGAUUAUAACGAGGAUUGCGAAAAGCUCCGUUUAACUUUGAAAUCGAAGCAAAGCGAUUUGAGAAAGAACAGAAAAGAGUUGAAGGAAAAGCUGGCUAUUCUCAAUGAGCAGAAUGCAAACAAUGUCCGACUUUCAGCCCAGUUGGCGACCAAUGAAACCGCCCUUAAAUCACUGCGAGAGGACUCGAUUAAGCAAAACAUGGACAUGGAAGCGGCCAAUAAAAAAAGACUCGAGAUGGAACAGAAGGUUGAUAAACUACGAUCAACUCUGAAAGCCAGGGAAAUCAGUUUCCUAUCCGAGAAGGAACGCAUGGAUGGCACCAUCUCGAGUCUGUUGGAAGACAAGCGUAACCUUGAGGAAAAGUUGUGCACAGUCACAGUCCUGACUAAGGUUGAACGUGAACUUCAGUCAAAUUCAGCGAAUGGAUCGCCAAAUCCUGCAGCUGUUCCAACAGCAAAUGAGCCCUUGGACCGCAAUUUGGUUGGCAGCUUGAAAAUGAAAUCCAUCAGUUUUCAGACUGCGAUGCGAAAGAAUCGACGGAUGGUGGCUUACGAUGAGCACCGCAAGCAGUCUUGCUGGAAUGAUUUUCGUGACUGCGGAACUAUGACCGAUCCCGUGGGUAGCAAUUGCCACUGCGCGCAGCUGCAGCUGAGCUGCAAAAAAGACUGAGUUUGGACGGGAGGCAAAACAUUGAGUUAAAAGAUAUGAAACCGAUGGGAAGACACAAAAAUGUAUCAGAAUGUUAUUCAAGUAUUAAGUUUUUUUGUUAAGUGUUAUCUUGCAAAGGGUGGAAUUCUACAUUUAUAGUCUUAUAUUAUGGCCCAAGUAUCUGUCAAAUAUUAUCACUAUACAAAUUACAAAAACGAACGUGAUCCAAAUAUUCAAAAUUAAUAAUUAA